AUGUUGAUGAAUUACUCUAGUGCCACUGAAUUUUAUCUCCUUGGCUUCCCUGGCUCUGAAGAACUACAUCAUAUCCUUUUUGCUAUAUUCUUCUUUUUCUACUCGGUAACAUUAAUGGGAAACACGGUCAUCGUCUUGAUUGUCUGUGUGGAUAAACGUCUGCAGUCCCCCAUGUAUUUCUUCCUCAGCCACCUCUCUGCCCUGGAGAUCCUGGUCACAACCAUAAUCGUCCCUGUGAUGCUUUGGGGAUUGCUGCUCCCUGGGAUGCAGAUAAUAUCUUUGUCUGCCUGUGUUGUCCAGCUCUUCCUGUACCUUGCUGUGGGGACAACGGAGUUUGCAUUACUUGGAGCAAUGGCUGUGGACCGUUAUGUGGCUGUCUGUAACCCUCUGAGGUACAACAUCAUUAUGAACAGACACACCUGCAACUUUGUGGUUCUUGUGUCAUGGGUGUUUGGGUUUCUUUUUCAAACCUGGCUGGUCUAAGUCAUGUUUCAGCUUACUUACUGCAAAUCAAAUGUGGUGAACAAUUUUUUCUGUGACCGAGGACAAUUGCUCAAACUAUCCUGCGAUAAUACUCUUUUCACGGAGUUUAUCCUCUUCUUAAUGGCUGUUUUUGUUCUCUUUGGUUCUUUGGUCCCUACAAUUGUCUCCUACACCUACAUCAUCUCCACCAUUUUCAAGAUCCCAUCAUCCUCUGGCCGGAGGAAAUCCUUCUCCACUUGUGCCUCCCACUUCACCUGUGUUGUGAUUGGCUACGGCAGCUGCUUGUUUCUCUAUGUGAAACCCAAGCAAACACAGGCAGCUGAUUACAAUCGGGUAGUUUCCCUGAUGGUUUCAGUAGUAACUCCUUUCCUCAAUCCUUUCAUCUUCACCCUCUGGAAUGAUAAAGUCAUAGAGGCCCUUUGGGAUGGGGUGAAACGCUGCUGUCAACUAUUCAGGAAUUAG